CAGUAAUGGCAUAGUCACCCCAUGGCAUCAUCAGCAGGUAACAGUAAUCGCAAGAUCCAUGUCCCAAAUUCACCGUCAUCCAUUCCCCAAACCCAAACACAAACACAAACACAAACACCCUUUCGCAACCUCAUCCUUCACCAGUUCUUGCCCCUAUCCACUGCCUCUGCCUCUAAUCCCACAUCGCCCUCUCAACCCACUUUCACUUCUAACUCUCUCUCUCAUCACUCUUUUUUGAAAUCUUCCACCAUGUGUCACUCCGAAAGGGAAACCUGCGACUCCUCUGAUUCUGAACAAAGGUUUAAGCGCCUCAUUAGGAACCGAGAAUCUGGUGCUCGCUCCAGAGCCAGAAAACAGGCUUAUAAAGACGAGUUGGAAACUAAACUUGCCCUUUUAAUCGAAGAGAAUUCCAGACUCAGAAAACAAAUAGAAGAGUUGCAGUUGCGGCUGAUGUCCCCGGGUAGUUCUAAUGCUAAACCUUCCAAAAUGCGCACUCUGUGUAGAACCUUAACAUCUCCAUUUUGAGAAGGAAGCAGAAGCACCACUUGCAACCUGCAAAAGGGGUAAAAGAAUUGGUCUUGGUACUCUCUAUAACAAGGGCCUUUCCCUGUGUUUUCUGUA